AUGAAAUACAUGGACAAAAUAGACGUAAGAGACAACAAACUUGACAGUGUCUUUACCCUCGGAUUCGUAUUGUUUCGUGACACAAUAGUGCGACACAGCCCGAUAAAAGAUUAUUUACGUGGAACACUGUCAAGCAUAAUAAUGCAAGCAAGACAUGGCGAAGUCAUUGACGGUCUCGCACUAUUAAGUGCCUAUAAAAUGCUUAUUAAACUGGGAAUAACAGAUACACAUGUUUAUGAAGAAGAUUUCGAACACCCAUUUUUCGUUCAAUCCCGUGAGUUUUACUAUUUUGAAAAUCAGAAGCUUUUAGCCGAAAACAGCGCUUUAAUUUAUAUUUAAACGGCUUUAUAUCGAAUAAAUGAGGAAGUCAAGCGAGCCAAAACCUGUAUGGAUGUUUCUACAGAAAGUCGUAUUGUCCAAGUAGUAGAAGAAGAACUUAUUAAAAAACCAAUGAAUACCAUUCUUGAAAUGAAAAACUUUGGAUUUAUAUUUAUGUUGAAAAACCAAAGAACUCAAGAUCUUGUUUAUAUGUAUAAGAUGUGA